AUGGCCGAUGAUUCGGGUGAAAAUCAAAAUUGUUUGAAUUUAUCUCAUGAAGAAAAAGAUAUUAUUAUUCGACAGUUAAGUCAAGAAGUUGAAAGUUUAAAACAAAUUAAUAAGGAAUUGUCAUCAGAAAGGGAUAAUUUGUUAUGUGAACAAAAAUUUUAUUUUGUUUUAUUAUUGAAAACUAAAACCAAUGAAAGGCAAUCAAAAAAAACUCAAAAAUUUUGUUCAUGA